CUCUGGGUGCAGGCCACCCCGUGUCACAGGCCAGCAUGGACCGCGGGGACGAGGGCCUGGCCCUGAAGGGGUUCUUCAGCCAACACCCAAGGGCCUGCAGGUGGCUGAGCCCCUUCCUGCUCGCCUGCUCCGUCUACUUCCUCCUUUGGACUCCUGAGCUCCGGCCCUCCUGGGCUGCAGCCCUGCUCAAGGGCCUGCCCGUGCUCUGCCUGGUGCUGUUGCUGGGGGCUGUCCCUGCUCUCCGGGGCCACGCCAGGCUCCUGCAGGGCACCCUCCUGUGCUCGGCCGUGGGGGACACCUGCCUGGUAUGGCCUGAGACUUUCCUGCACGGCGUGGCCGCCUUUGCCGCCGCCCACCAUCUCUACCUGCGGGCCUUCGGCCUCUCUCCGCUGUGGCUUGGCCUGCUGCUGCUCGCCCUCCUGGCCGCUGCCACCUACCUCAGCGUCCUGCUGCCGCACCUCCAGCCUGCCAUGGCCAGGCCCAUGGCGGCCUACGCACUGCUCCUGGCCGCUGUGCUGUGGCGAGGCCUGGCCCGGGGCGGGAGUGCCAGCCUCGGUGCCCUGCUCUUCGCGGUGUCUGAUGCAGUGCUGGCCUGGGAUGCCUUUGUGCAGCCGCUGCCUCACAGCCACCUGGUGACCAUGGCCACCUACUACGCGGUGCAGGCUCUCAUCACCCUGUCGGUGCUCAGGAGUCCCGAGGCCCAGGGCAGGGCAGGGUCAACUGAGGGCAGGACCAAGAGUCCCUCCUGCCGUGACCUCACCUGAGAAAUGCACGCUUCAGACCUGGCACAGCUGUCUCGGCCUCCAGCUCCCUGCCCUGCCCUCUGGCCACCCGUGCCUCUGCCCUGGCUAAUAAAGUAGAUGCAGAGA